AUGACGUCGGCCACCAAGGUGUACUACAGCCAGACGACGCAGACCGACAGCCGCCCGCUGCUGGGCGCGGGGCUGCGCCGGCGCCGGGUGCUCACCAAGGACGGGCGCAGCAACGUGCGCAUGGAGCACAUCGCCGACAAGCGCUUCCUGUACCUCAAGGAUCUCUGGACCACCUUCAUCGACAUGCAAUGGCGCUACAAGCUCCUCCUCUUCUCCGCCACCUUCGCCGGCACCUGGUUCGCCUUCGGCGUCGUCUGGUACCUGGUGGCCGUGGUCCACGGGGACCUGCUGGAGUUCGACCCGCCCGCCAACCACACGCCGUGCGUCAUGCAGGUCCACACCCUCACCGGCGCCUUCCUCUUCUCCCUGGAGUCUCAGCCCCCCAUUGGCUAUGGCUUCCGCUACAUCAGCGAGGAGUGUCCCCUGGCCAUCGUUCUGCUCAUCACCCAGCUGGUCCUCACCACCAUCAUGGAGAUCUUCAUCACCGGCACCUUCCUGGCCAAGAUCGCCCGGCCCAAGAAACGCGCCGAGACCAUCAAGUUCAGCCAGAACGCGGUGGUGUCCCAGCACAACGGCAAGACCUGCCUGAUGAUCCGCGUGGCCAACAUGCGCAAGAGCCUCCUCAUCGGCUGCCAAGUGACAGGCAAGCUCCUCCAGACCCACCUCACCAAGGAAGGCGAGAGCGUCCGCCUCAACCAGGUCAAUGUGGACUUCCAGGUGGACACGUCCUCCGACAGCCCCUUCCUCAUCCUGCCCCUCACCUUCUACCACGUGGUGGACGACUCCAGCCCCUUCCGGGACGUGGCCCUGCGGACGGGCGAAGGCGACUUCGAGCUGGUGGUCAUCCUCAGCGGCACGGUGGAGUCCACCAGUGCCACCUGCCAGGUCCGCACGUCCUACCUGCCCGAGGAGAUCCUCUGGGGUUACGAGUUCACCCCGGCCAUCUCCCUCUCGGCCAGCGGAAAGUACGUGGCCGACUUCAGCCUCUUCGACCAGGUGGUGAAGGUGACGGCCCCGUGUUGCCUCCACGAAACCGUCCGGUUUGGGGACCCCGAGAAGGUGAAGCUGGAGGAGUCCCUGCGGGAGGCGGCGGAGCGGGAGCGCGAGGGAGCCCCCCUGAGCGUCCGCAUCAGCAACGUCUGA